CGGUUUUCGGUGUAGUUAUUUAAUCUCCAGAAUUUACUAUGAACAGCACAAUCACACUGGUGGUGACACUGGUCGUUGCGUCUGUGUUCAUAGCGUACUUUCUGGGCGACGACGCAGGCGUGACGGACGAAAUGGUGGCGCGUGUGGCCCAGAUCGCUCCAAAUCUUCCGCCGUCGGUGAUCCGCCGUGAUCUGGAACGCACCCGCAGUGUUCAGCGCACGAAACAGGCGAAUCGCAAUAUAGCGGAAGCCAGCAAAUAA